UGUCUCUUUAAAUGAGGGAGCGCGUGUAAGUGUGACUGAGGCUGGUUUUUUCUUCAGCUCUGCCUGUUAGCUCGCAUUUCUGAUGGACCCGAGCAACACGCAGCAGGUGCAGUUCAAAACAUCGGGAACAUUUUGAUAUUCGCUGCACGAGAGACAACAAACCUCUUUACAUUACUGUAAGGACGCGAAUGACGUGUUUGUCUUUCCCUAUUCGGAUACCGAUACAUUUUAUUCAUUUGUCAUUGAAGCUUUGAAGAACUUUCUGCUUGGAAACAUCAGGUGUGAUAGGACUGCUAAGUAACUUAACUAACUGCGCGGAACAACAACACGAAUCAUUGGAUGUAGUACACACUGGAUUUUAUCCAUCCUACUUAAAGGCUAUCAAACAAUAACACGUAACUCUUCUUAUAUAAAGUACUUUAUUUUGGUCUGUAACUGUGAUGCGCGCGGAUCUGGCAAAUGCAGCUUUAGUGGGCAACUAUCUGCGCAGACGGAGCAUCGCAGCGAAUCUACUUCCAGAUGUCCAUCUCUCUCUGCUCGUAACAGGUGGAGCUCAUUUCACUCCAUCUGUCCGCUGCUGAAGUGGCAUAUAUGGGCAACCAGGUUGACAAACUGUCACACCUAAGUUACGCCGAAGUUCCCACGACCGACCCUAACGGACUGGACACGGAGGAAGACGGCCCGCGGAUCGGGGUCUCGUACAUAUUCGCGACCGACGACGACGAACUGGAUGAUAAUCAACAUCAGCAUGUCGAUGGAACGGAGCAGAAGGAGGAAGAGAAGCACUACAACGAGCUUGACUGCGCGGUUUACCACCGAGACGAGUGCAUUUAUGAGAAGAGUAACACAAGGGAACUGGAGACGUUCAGCCCGGAGAAUUUACUGAACAAAUGUAAGCCCGGAGACCUUCUGGAGUUCGUGUCCGCCGGCCAGUACCCGCACUGGGCUGUGUACGUCGGGGACUUCCAGGUGGUGCACCUUCACCGGGCGGAGGUCAAGAACAGUUUUCUGACUGAUGCUAGUCAGGGCAGGAGGGGCAGGAUUGUAAAUGAGCUGUACAAAUUCAAACCCCUGAGUCCUGACAUGGUGGUGCAGAACGCUAUGGAGCAGGUGGGUGCGAAAGACAGAGAAUUAAGUUGGAGAAAUUCGGAGUGUUUCGCCGCUUGGUGCAAAUUCGGUAAACGGGAGUUCAAGAUGGGAGUGGAGAUACGGAUAGGAAAACAGCCGUACAGAUUAAAGCUCCUCUUGCCUGACAAACAGUUUCAUGUGCUGGAGUUUCAGAGUUUGGAGGAUUUGAUCAUGGAAAAGAGGAGAAAUGAUCAGAUCGGUAAAGCGGCUGUUAUACAGGAGUUGGCCCAUCAUUUAAGCAAUAGCGGAAGUGAAGCAAACGUUCAUUGACAUGCAACAGGUAGCCGAGAGAAAUUUAUCCCAAAAUAACAUAUGCGUGAUUCUCAUCAAACCCAUCCAGAUCAAAGAAAUGUAUGAGAAGUAUUUUUUGGCUUAAAGAACUGUUUUAAGAACACAGAUUGUGAUUGGUCAGGACAGCGCUCCAGUGAUACAGUAGCUCUUCAUCAUAUCACUGCGCCGCUCCCAUUGAUGUUCUGUCACGUAAGGGACUAUAUCUUCUAGCGGAAGGAUGUCACUUAAAUAAUUUGACCUUUAAAUAAAAAAUGUCUUAUUAAUAUAUUUAAUUAACUUUUUUUUUCUUUAACAGUAAAGCACUAGGCCGUGCUGCACUGUGAAUGGCUAAAUGGAUAAUCUGUAGUGUCCCUAAAUUGACAAUACAUAGCACAGGUUUGCGAGCUUUAUUGGACAAGAUGUUUUGCUUUGUGACGUAUUGUGAUGCAUUCUUUUCGUGCCAAUUAAGCACAUUUUCUCCUCAAAUUCUCACUGGUGUAAUGCAAAAAUGCAUUCUUUGGCAGACUCAUAUUAGCGUAAUGUGAUAAAACGAUGUUGAUUUUAUUAAAAUUAAAUUAAAUGAAAAUAAUGGAGCUUAAAAGUAAAGCAGGCUGAAUUGUGGUAAUGAGAAUUGGGGGGUUAAACUUGCUGAAUUGUCUUAAAAAUAAUGUUACAAUGCAAAACAUUGUAAUGUUCCCAAAUUCUUCAUUUACUUUCAGACAAAAAUUUUUUUUUCUUAAUUUUGGGGCUUCGUAAGAUUCAUGACAUUACUUAUGACAAAUUAUGUUAGAAAAUUUCACAAUCAGUUAUUAAGUAUUUCAAGUCAGAUGGUAUUGUUUUUCAAGUGGCUCUCAAGUUGUAAGCUGUUCUUUAUAAUGUAUAAUCAGGCUCUCUGUGAGUUGCAAAAUAGCCAUAAAUCAUCAUAUGUGGACCUUGCUUUCUAAAAGUUUUGGCACAGAUGAAAUUGCCGCAAGUAAACAAUGACUAAAUCCACCUA